AUGUUGAAAGUUGAUCUGAGGAAGGCCUUCGACACUGUUUGCUGGGAUUUCCUGGAUAAGAUUCUUGAAGCGCAGAACUUCCCGCCUCUCUUCAGGGAAUGGAUCAGGCAGUGUUACUCUAUGGCGAAAUUUUCAAUCCUGGUCAAUGGAGAGCCAGCGGGCUUCUUUGCGGGAAAGAAGGGCCUGAGACAGGGGGAUCCACUUUCACCAUAUCUGUUCAUCCUUGUGAUGGAAGCUCUGUCUAAGUUACUGGACUUGGCGGGAAGAAACGGUGAAUUUGCCCUGCAUCCGCAGUGUGAGAAUCCGCUAAUCACGCACCUUCUCUUUGCUGACGACUUGUUAGUGUUCUCAGAUGGAUCCCAGGAGUCUAUGGCAGGUAUUAAAGGUGUAAUGUCUCGGUUCAAAUCAUUGUCUGGUUUGGAUAUGAAUGCAGCAAAAUCAGAGGUCUUCUUUAGCGGUUAUUCAGAGGCAGAGGCUGAGGUUUUGAGUGGAAUAAUGGAGGUGAGGAUAGGGACUUUCCCGACGAGAUAUCUGGGGUUGCCUCUUAACUCGCAGAGACUGUCAAUAGCGGUUCUUGAGCCUUUCCUGGAGAAGAUAACCAAGAAGCUUCACUCGUACACAGCCAAAUUUCUCUCCUUUGCAGGAAAGAUUAAGCUGGUUUCUUCGGUGGUCUAUGGCAUGGUGAAUUUCUGGAGCCAAGUGUACACGCUCCCUAAGGAAUUUUACUCGCGUGUGGACUCUCUUUGCUCCGCGUUCUUGUGGAAAAAUGGGACGCAAUCAGCAGGUGGAGCUAGAGUUGCCUGGAAGGAUAUCUGCAAGCCGAAGAGUGAAGGAGGCUUGGGUAUAAGGCAGCUAAGCGAGUUUGAGGUGGUGUUUAGGCUGAAACAGGCAUGGAAUCUGUUCACCAAGGAAGACUCUCUCUGGAUUGCCUGGGUAUGGCAGCAUAUCUUUGCCCGGAGAAGCUACUGGAUCACAAACGAUGCGGCGAGAUUCUCCAGAAGCAUCAGGAGUCUACUUCAGUUAAAGCCUCUGCUUUCUACGUUCUUAAAAUGUGAGAUAAAGAAUGGAAGGAUGGCUUCUUUCUGGUUUGACAAUUGGACGGAGCAUGGCCCUGUUAUUGACUUUGUGGGACAAGCAGGACCGCGCCUGUUUAGAGUCAGUUUGGACGCGAAGGUAAAGGAUGCAGUCUUAAAUGGUGCGUGGAAUUUGCCGAGUGCAAGGUCAGAGAGAAGCGAAGAACUUCAGAUCACUCUGACAACAAUAGUGCCGCCAGAUCCGGAGAGAGGGGAUGAUGUUUUCCUUUGGCGCUUGCCGAGCGACAGUUACUCUACCACUUUCUCCUCCAAGGGAACGUGGGAGCAGCUCAGAAUUCAGUCACAGCGUGUAAACUGGGCACCUUUGGUUUGGUUCAAGGAGGCAGUUCCACGCUGCUCAUUCAUUCUCUGCUAUUUGCCCGUUAUGUUCCGUGGCACAGGAAACUCACGACCACCUCUUCUUCUCGUGCGACUACUCCAAAGAGGUGUGGCUCUCUCUGGCAUCAAGAGUAGAUGGCCCAAAUUUACCCCUCUCCCUUCCGGAAGUUACAGAGAGCAUCUGCUUCAGCCUUCAAACCCGGGUUCAAGACCUAAGAGGGUCAUCAUGAAGCUCCUUCUACAACAGACUGCUUAUGCAAUUUGGCGUGAAAGGAACGCAAGGAUUUUUACGCCGAUUUCCACUCCGGCGGCAGCUCUGAAGAAUGCGGUGGACCGAUCAAUCCGUGAUCGACUCUUAUCCUACCCGGCAACGGAUAGCAAUCCUUCUCUCCUCGAAAUUUAUUUCAGUUGUAUUUCAUAUCCGUUAUAG